CACUGAAGCAAAAAAGCAAGAAAAUACUGAAGCAGAGAAGAAAAAAAGCACUGAAGCAGAGAAGCAAGAAAGCAUCAAAGCACAGACGCAAGAAAGCACCAAACACCAAAGUAAGCAAGAAUGUACUAAAGCAGAGAAGCAAGAAAAUACUGAAGCAGAGAAACACAAGAAAGCACCAAAGUACGCAAGAAGCACUGAAGCAAAGAAGCAAAAAAGUACUGAAGCAAAGAAGCAAGAAAGCACCAAAGCACCGAUACAAGAAAGCACCAAGCACAGAUACAAGAAACGAGAAACACCUAAAGAAAAAGAGAA